AUGGCGGCGCUGGCUAAGGUCUUGAACUUCUCUAUCGUCUUCCAGGAGCCGCCAAGUGGUAACUUUCAGGAAGUUUCAGUUGCCGUUUUUUCCUUGUCCACUUCCAUACAGUAUAAGGUCUUGCAACUGAUACUGAACUGUGUCCGUUUAGGAGAGCUGUGGGGCAAGCGGCUGCCGAAUGGGACCUGGGAUGGCCUCGUGGGAAUGAUGGCCAGGAACGAGGCGUACAUGGGCUUGGUCAACUCCUUCAUCAGCGACAACAACGACCGGCUCGACGAGAUUGAGUAUUCUAAGCCUUACGACGCUGAUUGGCAGUCGCUCGCCCUCCCGUUCACGCCCUACGUGUGGGUGGGCGUCGUCGUCGCCUUCCUCUGCACUUCGCCCUUUCUCUUCUGGCUGGCCAAGGGCGGCGAGGCGAGAGGAGAGAGCUUCCGGCGGCUGGACGACUCGUUCCUGUGCGCCUGGGGGAUCCAGCUGCGCGAGCCCCAGACCUUCUUCCCCUCGUGCACGUCGACGAGGAUUCUCCUGGCAUCCAUGUGGCUCUCCUCCGUCAUCCUCACCAUCGCCUACUCCUCCCACCUGACGGCCUUCCUCACCAUCGCGAGGCGGCCGCCCGUCCUCCAGACCUUCAAGGAGCUGUACGAAGCGAACAUCGAAGUUGCCAGCAUCGGCGAGUUCUUCAACGUGUCCAUGGCGGCCACCGGGAACUACUAUCUCCAGACCAAUCUUGUUUCAAAAGCAUUGGUGCCAGAAUGUGGGAGACAGAACGACGUGGGAAAGUCUGGGGAAGUCCUAUGUCCAACAAAGGGCCUGACAGAACGGUAUUCCGUAUACAAAAGCUUUGAAGAGGCUUCGGUGUAUGUGAAGCUCGGGAGAGAAGCUUUCAUAUCGGGUCGAAAGAAUCUGGAAUAUCGCAUCAGCACGCAGAUCUUCUCCUCCGGGAGGCCCACCUUGACAGUGAUGAAGGAAUGCUUCGCCCCGCACAGCAUAGGCGUGGCUCUUCAGCGCCACACGCCCCUGAGGAGGAGCCUUGACCGGGCGCUGGAGUGGAUGGUCGAGAGCGGCCUCGUCACCCACUGGUUCUCCCAGGCCCUCUCGCGCCAGCGGAAGUCAACUAACGUGGAUUCGGACCAAACGGCCUCCAACGAAAGAGACUACGUGACCGCGCUCAACCUGGACCACAUGCAAGGGAUUUUCCUCAUCCUCACCUUCGGUCACCUCGCCUCCUGCGCCGUGUUCGCGGUCGAGCUUCUGCGCGGGAAGAUGCGCGCCAAGAGACAGUAG